AGAUGCGAUUCGGUUCCCGACGUUCACCAAAAGGAGCCGUUCGUUCGCGAACGACCCAUCAUCACUACUGCGUAGUUCCACAGUGCCGGACAGGGUGGUGUGAGUCCGUUAAGUAUCCGGGGAGUCAAUUUGACACUUUUAGUCAAAUAAAUGUUUUGACAUUUUCAUUACCUGUCACUUACACCAAAAAAAGAUAUGGGGAACCGUGUCGCUCGUGAGGAUUACGAAUGGGUUUAUACAGAUCAGCCACAUGCCGACAGGAGGAAAGACAUUUUGGCAAAGUACCCAGAAAUAAAGACCCUAAUGGGGCCUGAUCCCAGGCUGAAGUGGAUUGUUUGCAUGAUGGUAAUGAUCCAGUUCUUAGCAUUCUACCUGGUCAAAGCCCUGGACUGGAAAUGGGUCCUGUUCUGGACUUAUGCCUUUGGCAGCUGCAUUAACCACUCUAUGACCCUGGCCAUCCACGAGAUCUCCCACAACACAGCAUUUGGUAAUAACAGGGCCAUGUGGAACCGCUGGUUCGCCAUGUUUGCCAACCUGCCCAUCGGGCUGCCGUAUUCUGCCUCCUUUAAGCGCUACCACCUGGACCACCACCGCUACCUGGGAGGUGACGGUGUAGACGUAGACAUCCCCUCUGAAUUUGAGGGCUGGUUCUUCUGCACACGCUUCCGCAAGUUUGUCUGGAUCAUCCUCCAGCCUCUGUUCUACGCCAUCCGCCCUCUCUGCAUCAACCCCAAGCCCAUCACCAGGCUGGAGCUGGCCAACGCGGCUGUGCAGCUGUCCUUCAAUGUGGCCCUCUACUGGCUGUGUGGAGCCAAGCCUGUGGUCUACAUGUUGGCGGGCUCCUUGCUGGGAAUGGGCCUGCACCCCAUAUCUGGACACUUUAUUGCCGAGCACUACAUGUUCCUGAAGGGCCAUGAGACCUACUCCUACUAUGGCUCCCUCAACCUGCUCACCUUCAACGUGGGCUACCACAACGAGCACCACGACUUCCCCAGCAUCCCAGGACGUAGGCUACCUCUGGUGAAGAAAAUAGCAUCAGAGUACUAUGAUGACCUGCCACACUACACAUCGUGGGUGAAGGUCCUGUAUGACUUCAUUAUGGACGACCAGCUCAGCCCCUACUCUCGUGUGAAGAGGAGGCUGAAGGGAGAUGUCAAGCAGGAAUAAAUACUUCCCUCUCCUACUCUCUAACAAAACAACACCAACGCACCUGACACCAGCCCCAACUCACCACCAAUACUUUUUACAGCUUUUGCAUAUUACACAUUUGUACUGAACGUGAAGAGAAUGUGUGUGGACAUUACAUGUGUGACAUGUAUGUAAGAAUUUUUUCAAAAUUAGUAAUUACAAACAAAAUAAUUUGUACAAUUAGUCCUCAUUACACUUACGGUUGUCAUUUCUCCUAUUUUUUGCAGUUGUGGUCAUUUUAGAAACCUGUAAUACGGACAAUGGCAAGAGUCUGAUUUUGAUUUUUUCCAGUCAAAUUGUAUUCCAGAAUUAAUUUAUAUGAAGAAUUUACAUCUUGAGAUUUGAGUUUUGCAUUUAGAUCCUGUUUUUAUAGAGUUUAUUAUAUGAUUCCUCACUCCGGUUUUAUUUCAUCUCUUGAAAGAGGUUGCAUAGCAAUAUACAGUUACCUAUUUCAAUGCUACUGAUCUGUAUUUGCUGUGGAUAGUUAGUUUGUUCUCUCCUCACUCAAUCGUAAAUGUUCUUUCCUUCCAUGUAGAGGCCACUUACCACAUGACUCGGUGUGUAUGGACAUAUUGUCUUAUGUUCUGAGCUUAUUUUAGCUCAUUUUGAUCUGAGUGCCAUUUUGUUUUGUGCUUGCCAACACCUCAGUCCAAAACGGAUUCACAUAGUCUGAAGCACUGCCCAUUGCCCAAGUUAAUUUGCUCUUGAUUAAGUUUAGUUUUUGAUACAAUGGGAAGAAAGAAUGGCAUUAGUUCAUAGCAAGGUUAGGUAAAACAAGGGCCGGGAUUAAAUAGAUUGUGGGUUGUAGACAAUGUAGAUUUGAAUCCCAGCCAAGGUCAAACGUUGUCUUUGUUUUGUUUAGUUGUGCUUUUAUGGAAAGACCUCUUUAUCACUAAUACUCGAUGUGCACUAAAUCUAAGAAAUAUACUGCAUGUUAAAGCAAAUUUAGAUUUUAGACUAGUGAAGUCUUUUGACAAUAGCGAUAUUGACAGUUUCUUAUGGAAACCCAAUUGAAGGCCAAAUUAAUUGAAACCAAAUGUCCUUUUGUUCAUAUACUGUAUGCUUUCAUUUUUUUUUACACUUUCACUUGAUUCUGAAAGUCAGAUUAUUUCCAAUUGUGUCCUUAACAUUUUCAAAGCAGUGUGCAAUGCCGUAAGUAGCCUAAUUAAUGUGAGAGAAAACAAAACUGCUUUCUUCAGCACAGUGAUUGACCUCAAGAAUAGAGCAACGCCCCCUUAGUCAUAGUCUGAAAGCCACUCAAAUGUUUAACUUUAAAGUAGCUACCAAUGAGGGAGUGAAACCCAAUUGGUGCAUCACAUUAUGCAAACCAUGAUGUGGAUGAAUAUUGUCCAAAGUAGAAUGGAAGCUUGCUGACAGCGGUGCUGAAUCACAAAUUGACCUUUAACCCUAGACACUCCAUGUAGAUCUGGAAUGAACCUUAGCAGUAUGGUAAUAGCUCCAUCUUGCCAUCUGAUUGGCUUGGAGGGAGAUUCGCAAUAUUGAGUAGACCUAGGGCUGGAUUCAAUCCGUACCGCAUAAUUAACACGGAAGAUAUAUAGCUUUAAAAACAAAUUUUCCCACGUUCGCGGAGAGUGCGUUCACGGUAGACGCUGCAUAUGUUGGCUCAAUCAGAAAUGACCUUUACAUUUUAACGCAGAUCUUCCGUUAUACGGUUGAAUCCACCCCUACACAUAUGUAAUAUAGAUGUGGCUAGGGGUUGAUUUGGGAUUCAAGGGCCUCUAAAACAGGGUAAAGGAGCUGUUUGUUACAUCUACAUCAGUAUUAAACACAAGCUUGCUGGUUAGCACCUCAUGAGGCCCUUUCACAUUUGGGCAUAUUGGACUAAGGGUGAAAUAAUUAAAAGUAGUCUGUUUAUCUUCUCAAAUCAAGCCUAUUAUUUAAUGUAGAAUACUCCUCAGCAGUAAGGGAAGAGAGGAGUCAUGAUUCCACCCUCAUUGUGGAACACCUGCCUUUUGCAUUACUGAGUUUUCUCUGAUUGUCAUCCUUUUUGCUGGUCAACCAUAAGGUCCUGUCAUAAGAUGGAGUAGCAGGUCAUAUCUAUGGGGUAUAGGCUAGCGCUGUACUGGUAAUUUCAUUGAAGUCCUACUCCAAUCUCCCUUUCACCUCAUUUAACACCUGAUUAAGGGCCUCUACACUACAGUACUUUGAUGACACAAACUUGGUCCAGGCAAGAUACUUGUGUAGUGUAAAGAGAUGGAUCUAGAUUCAAAUCUCUCUUUAAGAGAUGUCUCGCACACUAUCUAUCUGUGGCGGUAGUGUGGGAGACAUCUACACUAGUGAUGCCAAUCCCUGCGGUUAUAUCAGUGGGUUUAAAGUAAUUAAAUAUUGUGUGAAUGAAGGGCGGGCGGGUUGAAUAAAGAGAAAACAAUACCUUGAA